AUGGUAGGUACCUAAAUUGCUUUUAUUUAGUUUUGUUAAAUUAAUAAAAAAAAUUAUUUCAUUAGGUAAUUGAAUCUCAAAUAAAAAAAAGAAGAAUGCAUCUUUUGAAGGGGAAGUGCCAUCAAGUGAUUCUGAUAACAAUCCAGAAGUGCCUCAGGUAAAAUAAUAUUUUAACCACCUAACAGAUAUAACUAUACUUUAUAUAUUUAUGCCAUUGUUAUGAUAAGCUAGCCAUCUUACCUUGCUCUAGAAAACCAUAAUAUUUAAAUAAGAAAUAACUUAAAUAAUUAACUUCUAAAAUACCAAGAUAUUAACCAGGAAAAUAAAUAGCACAUAAUACAUUGAAACAAAUAUGAACAAUUUUAAAUUUAAGUUAUGAUUUCCCUUUUGAAAUUAAAAAUGAGGUUCUAUUAUUAUUUGUUUAUUUUUAUAAUAGCUUAAUAACUACCUAGUCAUUUACUAUUUAAAGAAAUAAUACAAUCAAUAUUAUGAGAAUUAUUUCAAAAUAUCAAUCAAAGUUAAUGUAAUCCAAAAGGUCAAAUAAAAACAUUUUUCAUUAUUUUACAUAUUUUUACAGAUAAAUAUAAAACAAAUGACCAAUAAUAAUUCAGAAAUUGUUAAAAUGUUAUGGCCUUCAGAUUGGUCUUCUGAACAAUGGGCAGAAAAAAAAACAAAAAUAUACUUGGCUUCAUUGUCAGAAUGGACUUUUGGGGUGUACAACUUGUUUUGA